AUGCCUUUGAUGCACCACGAGAAUGGUGUUGGACCGACGGAGGGAGAAGGUAUCACAAGCCACAUGGUUAUGGACUCUGAGCAGUUGUUGUGUCCAAGUCCGCUGGAAAACCUGGUUAUAUUGACAGGACCGGUCCGCAUGGAGGGGGAGGGUCAAAAAUCCAGGUUUCGUACGUCAAAAGAAAGUUUGAUGCUUAUCCCCAAGGGCGUCGACGGCCCGCAAACGCCCCCAGCGCCAGCGUAGCGUAAGGUUACUAUCCAAAAAUAGAAAAUAACUCUGUCAGGUUUACGGAGUAUGGUGCUGGCGCGCAGACCAAGCCAAAACGCCAAUCCAACACCGCGGCGCUACGACGUGAAAAAGAAAGCUCGAGUCUGCUUUCAUUUCUCGUGCAUCUCGCAUUCUCUCCCAAAAUGAGAGGAGGUGCCAUUGCUUUCAAAGUAGUACGGAUGUUACGGACAGUUGCUCAACAUAAAGUACCAUAGGACCUUCAAUUUCGGGUAUUUUCAUAUGAACCGCGAAGAUCUCGCGGGUCUACCAGUUUCUGCCAGGCGGCCAAACCCACCAAAAAGAAUUCAAGCGAAUAAUUCUACAACCAAGAACCUGGAACCCAGGCAUGAUUUCGAGAUCCCUCACCAUCAUGGAUCACCAGGAAAAAGGAGAUCUUCGGGCAGGUCAAGACGACAAGAAGAAGGAUUCAAGUUCUGCUGACUCCCUCUUCCAACUUCUGACAACUCUCCCUGAGACCGGACCGCUGGUGGUUGCGAUCCCGUCAACUGCGCUGGGACCUUUCUCACCCAAAUUAGCCUUAAGUCUCUAA